UAUUCGCCAAAGGCUGGCUACUUACCCCAAGUGCUUCGAACAAUCCCACCGCUCAACGACAAGAAGUUCAUCGAACAGAAUUUCGCUAAUUGCCUUGUGAAACCGUACGCGUUGCCGCCAGUGAGGUUCACGGACAAACGGGUUGUCUACUGGGCUUACAAUAAUUACGACGGGUUUGUCGUGCUUCACGGCACUGACACAUUAGCAUACACGGCUAGCGCGUUAUCGUUUAUGAUGGAGAAUCUUGGGAAACCGGUGAUAAUUACGGGAAGUCAGAUACCAGUCGCUGAAGUGCGUUCAGAUGGUAUGGAGAAUCUCAUUGGUGCGUUAGUCGUCGCUGCAAAUCUGGACAUUCCUGAGGUGUGCGUUUACUUCAACAACAAGCUUAUGAGAGGUAAUCGUACUAUCAAACUCGACAAUGCUGCGCUUGAAGCUUUCGACAGUCCGAAUAUGCAUCCUUUAGCCAAAAUGGACAUUAAAAUAAAAGUCAACUACGACUCCAUUUUCCGUAGCCCGAAUGUGAAUCCGUUCACCGUCCACGACAAUCUUUGCCGUGAUGUUGGACUGCUGCGAAUCUUCCCGUCAAUGAGCAUUGAAUCGGUACGCGCAUUCCUGAAACCACCUACGAAGGGGGUCAUACUGCAGACGUUCGGUGCUGGUAACAUGCCGACAAGACGAAAGGAUAUCAUCGAAGCGUUAACCGAGGCGAUCAAUAGAGGGUGCCUUGUUGUCAACUGUUCUCAAUGUGUCAAGGGGCAAGUGGAUGUGAACUAUGCUACAGGA